AUGAGUAUCAAAAACAUGGGUUUUGAGCCCAGCGCCACAACUAUCGUUACAAUGCACCUCUCUGGAUCCUCAAGUGUGAAACUCAUCCUAAUGGCAAAGGGGAAGGUGAAACUAACAGAUCAAGAUCUUGCAACACGAAAUGUCAUUCAAGGUGCUAUCCUCGAAGCAAAGGCUCACAUGACGUUCACUACUGGCUAUCCGGAGUUGACCGAAAAGAAUUUGUUCUCACACAAAGCACUUCUCAAGGCAGCUCGUGAUCAUGGCAUCACAUCUAUUGAGAAGAAAAUCCAGGCUGACAAUGCAUAUGUGUCAUCUCUUGCUAGCCUAGUCGAGGCUAGAGUGCCACUGUUUCAUGGUGAUUUGAAGGAUGAGGCUUGCAGUCAAGUGGCUGCCUACCUUCAUUUAGGGUCUGCUAAUACUAGUAUCGCUUCCACCCAAGCUCUCCUCGUCAACCACUGCUACCACUACUUCAUGAAGUUUGAUGAAAACAAUGCUGCUAAACCAGUGCCGAGUAAACCUUACAUGGGAAAUCUCAUGGUUCACCUUAUGAAGGGCCAUUAUUUUAAUGGAUCAAAGUCUGUCAGCAUCAUUUUUGCAAAAAAAUUUGCUGAUCUCACACAAAAUAAAGCCCAACAGCCCGAGGUCACUAUUCCUAUGGUUGCUUUGACUGCUACUUCGGUAUAUGCAGCGCUCUUCUGGAAGGCCCAUGGUUCUCCGCCCAAAUUCAACUUUACUGGAAAUCAGUUUAGCGAUGUCUACUUCUUCCACAUCAAAUUUCUUGAAAAUCUCAAGGCGAAAUCACCUGAGAAAUUUCAUAAGCUUAUGCCCGACCUGUUCACUGAAAUACAUGAUCUCGCACUGGUCAAUAAUCCCACUACCAAUGCAGAAGCCAGUGCACUUGCAUUUCUUGACCUUGAUGGGAUGGAUGAGGAUUGA